AAUACCUUAAUCUGAUGUGUGUGUCAGAGCAUCUUUCUCAUAUCUAUAAAACUUCCUUCUCAAGUAUCUAAUUGCAGCAGAAACUAGGAAAGGUUUCACAGUGUUCUGUAGACAGUGUGCUGUGAGAACAACAUAAAAACUUUCUAGAACUAUGGAAGUGUCUGUGCUGCAUUAGAGCACAUGGGGCAGAGAAUCAAAGCUGCUCUGGCAUCCAGUUCUCUCCUGUGUGAGAACAGCAAAACUGCUGUCAGGUUAUCAGACAGAGGGGCUGCCUAGCCUGGCAUCCUGUCUCCAGCAGGGCCAGCCCUAAGCAGGAGCCUAGGGUAUGGCAAAAAUAGGCAAGAAUUAUUGUAUGGGAAAUAAUUUCUCUUUCUGGUGCUUAGUCCACAAGUCCUACCUCUUUUUUUUCCCAGGGCUGCCUGGUGCAGUGUAGAGCAAGUGAAGAUGAUAAUUCAAUAUUGAGUAGUGUCAAAGAUUGUGCUGCCAGAGAGAGGUCAGGAUGUGUUUUCAGGUCCUAAAACUGGAACAAAAGGCAAUCUAUAAGGCUGUUCUUUCAAACUGAGAACAACUCAGGUGGAGGACUUGGAGGAAUUCUGGAGGCACAAGACUAAAUCCCAUUGCUUAUGCAUAUCAUAUGGGAGAAAAAAGCAAGCACAGUGAGGGGAAAAGAUGCAUUUUCCCAGCUCACUGGUCUAGGGUGAUAUCCAUGGAGGAACAUCACCCUGCUUAGUGUAACCUGCUCUGAUCUGAAGGGCAGGAAAUCCACAAAGAGGAUCAUUGCUGCUUCAUAUUGUAAUUCUGGAACUGCCAAUAACUGUAAAGCCUUUCCUUCUAGCAGCAUGGGACUGACAGCAUAAGGACUGAAGACUUGUGGGGAUGUAGGUAUACUCUUUUCUUGGGGAAAAAGGAGUUCUCAAAAGAAUUCUUAGGAAAAGUCCCUGUCUGCUGUGUCAAAACUUGUUCUGUGCUGGUACCUUGUUUUAAUGGCUACUGCUAGCACAGUAGCUGGGUGUGCUGGCGUAACAUCUGCUAGCUUUUAUUUGGUUUUGAAAGCUCUUGAGCUUUUUCUCUCCCACAGGUCUCAUAUUAAUGUGCCUUAUAUUCAUGGCAUGGAUUACUGGGAGACUUCUGAAAGAUUGAUUAAAAAUGGGAAAGUGCAGAGGCACCUCCUCUUAGUGAUACACUAUCUUACACAUCAAAAGAGCACAGAUGAGAACAUGGGAGAUUGUAAAACCCUCAGCUGGGAGGAGUUAGAUAAACACUCACCAAUAACCUGCUUGUUAAACCUUUUCCAGAAUGCGUGAGUCUGAGAGAUAAAGGGACCUAUAAAGGGGGAAGCAGCUGGCAGGGCAGCAGACCAAACUGACCACAGCUCCCAAAAGGUUGUGGCCCAGGUUUGAAGAGGUGCAUUUCUGAGGAAUCAGUAUGGAGCCUGAGGAGUACAGACAGAGAGGGAAAGAGAUGGUGGAUUACAUUUGCCAGUACCUGAGCAACGUGAGAGAGAGACGGGUGACUCCUGACGUCCAGCCAGGUUACAUGAGAGCCCAGCUGCCAGAUUCUGCCCCAAUGGACCCAGACAGCUGGGACAACAUCUUUGGAGAUAUAGAGAAGAUUAUUAUGCCAGGGGUAGUCCACUGGCAAAGUCCACACAUGCAUGCCUACUUCCCAGCUCUAACUUCCUGGCCUUCACUCCUUGGAGAUAUGUUGGCUGAUGCAAUUAACUGCUUGGGAUUCACAUGGGCCUCCAGCCCAGCCUGUACAGAACUGGAAAUGAAUGUGAUGGAUUGGUUGGCUAAAAUGCUGGGCCUUCCAGAUAAAUUCCUGCACCACCAUCCUGACAGUGUGGGUGGAGGAGUAUUACAGAGCACUGUGAGCGAAUCAACCUUGGUUGCACUGCUGGCAGCAAGGAAGAACAAAAUUCUGGAGAUGAAGGUUUCCGAGCCAGACACUGAUGAGUCCUCGCUCAAUUCUCGCCUCAUUGCUUAUGCAUCUGAUCAAGCACAUUCCUCUGUAGAAAAGGCUGGCUUGAUUUCUCUGGUGAAGAUAAAAUUUCUGCCUGUGGAUGAGAACUUUUCCCUCAGAGGUGAAACUUUGAAGAAAGCCAUUGCAGAAGACAGAAAGAAAGGCCUAGUGCCAGUCUUUGUUUGUGCAACUUUGGGAACAACUGGUGUCUGUGCUUUUGACAAUCUCUCAGAACUGGGUCCAGUUUGUGAUGCUGAGGGACUCUGGCUUCAUAUCGAUGCUGCAUAUGCAGGGACAGCAUUUGUAUGUCCUGAAUUUCGAUUGUUCUUGGAUGGAAUUGAAUAUGCAGAUUCCUUUACUUUUAAUCCUUCGAAGUGGAUGAUGGUCCAUUUUGACUGCACUGGAUUUUGGGUUAAAGAUAAAUACAAGUUAUAUCAAACCUUCAGUGUUAACCCUGUCUACCUCAGACAUGCCAAUUCAGGAGCUGCAAUUGACUUCAUGCACUGGCAAAUUCCACUGAGUCGUCGAUUUCGUUCUUUGAAGCUGUGGUUUGUGCUUCGUUCGUUUGGGGUCAAAAAGCUUCAAGCUCAUGUCCGACACGGUACUGAAACAGCCAAAUUCUUUGAAUCCUUGGUUAAACGUGAUCCACUCUUUGAAAUUCCUGCCAAGAGGCAUCUUGGACUGGUUGUAUUUCGCCUAAAGGGUCCCAACUGGCUGACAGAAAAACUCCUGAAAGAACUAAGCAGUUCUGGCAGGCUCUUCCUCAUUCCAGCAACCAUCCACGACAAGUUCAUCAUUCGCUUUACCGUAACCUCUCAGUUCACAACCAGGGAAGAUAUUCUGCAGGACUGGAGCAUCAUUCAACACACUGCAGCCCAAAUCAUUAGCCAGAAUUAUGGGUUACACUGCAUCAAUUCUGGUGAUGGGACAGGAAUCCCCACUACAGUAGUUCAGCCUAGUUCUGAUGCCAUUAGUAAUGUCCCUCAGCUUUAUUUAGAUGGAGGGAAAUACAAAACACCUUCCAGAAAAACAGUAGUCCAGCCCAAGAAGUCAUCAGUGAGUCCCAGUACACGUGUGAUUAGUCAGCAGGUGAAAGGUCAAGGGCAUCCUCUGGAUAACUGUUUUCCAGAAGAUGUCCAAGAUGUUACCAAACGUAAGUUAACCUCUUUUUUAUUCAGUUAUUUAUCUGUUCAAGGCAAGAAAAAGACAGCACGUUCCCUUAGCUGCACCAGUGUGCCAAUGACUGGUAAUCUUGAGCAAUGUAACCCCAAAGCAGCAGCUGCUGACAAGGAGUCUUGUGCAAAUGCCAGAGUUCUUUCCAGGCUGCCUGAAGACAUGAUGAUGUUCAAAAAAGGUGCCUUCAAAAAACUAAUUAAGUUCUACAGUGUCCCAAGCUUUCCAGAGUGUAGCAUUCAGUGUGGCCUUCAGCUACCUUGUUGUCCUCUGCAAGCCAUUGUUUAACAAGUAAGAGAGCUUGGUCUUAGAGAAGGAACAGGUUUGCUUAUUCACAUGCAAUACUACAUGUUCUUUUGUUCAAAAUGUAAGCAGUGGCAAUGACCACUGAGAAAAUUCCUUUGCUUUUACUGGUGAAAACCUCAUGUAUUUAUAGAUGAAAAUGUCAAAUAAAUCUUGUAGGCAUAUAGCAUGAAA